AUGCAUUUUCUGAAAAACAUUGAUAGUUACACCAGAGAAAAUACAGAGAAUUUGACACCAAACAUUGCACCCAACACUCAAGAAGCUUCAGUUUCUGAAUCCAACGAUGAAAAGUUCACUGUACCACGUACAACUUCAAGAAAUAAAAGGAAAUUAAAAGAUUCGGUCCUUAGAGCAGUUGACGCAUUAGAAAAAGUUUCAACGCAGCAGUUUUCAAAUAACUCAGGUGAUGAUGAAUUUGAGCUUUUCGGAAGCACUAUAGCUCAGCAGUUACGGCAGCUUCCAUCAAAAGCUGCCCUAGAGACCGAAGAAGUAAUAUUGGCUACUAUAAGACAGCAACGUGUAAAGCUAUUAAAACAGACAUAG